CUGUACUUACUGUAAGUCGCUCUGGAUAAGAGCGUCUGCUAAAUGACUAAAUGUAAAUGUUUCCGGUGGUUUCUGAUUGGUCUGUGUGUCUCGGGGCAGGUUCAUGAUUGGCCGAGAGAAGCCGGGGGAGCAGAGCGAGGUGGCCCAGCUGAUACAGCAGACCUUGGAGCAGGAACGCUGGCAGAGGGAGAUGAUGGAGCAGCGCUACAACCAGUACAUGGACGAGGACGAGGAGACGGGAGAGUACGCCACGGACGAGGAGGAGGAGAUGAGCCCCAUGUUCCCCAACGCCAUCGAGGUGUUCGACCUGGCCGAGAACGAGGACAUGCUGUCGCCCGUGGAGAUGGACCCUGAGAAGCUGGCCCACAAGUUCAAAGAGCUUCAGAUCAAGCAUGCUGUCACCCAGGCUGAGAUUCAGCAGUUGAAGAGAAAGCUGGCUCACGCCGAGCAGGACAAGCUGCGCUGGCGCAUGGAGCGCGCUCAGCUGGAGCAGAAUGUGCGGGAGAACAAGGAGCGCAUGGAGAAGCUGGAGGGCUACUGGAUGGAGGCCCAGUCGCUGUGCCAGGCGGUGGACGAGCACCUGAAGGAGACCCAGGCUCAGUACCAGACCCUGGAGCGCAAGUACAGCAAGGCCAAGCGCCUCAUCAAGGACUACCAGCAGAAGGAGAUAGAGUACCUGAAGAAGGAGACGGCUCAGCGUCGGGCCCAAGAGGAGACCGAAGCCUCUAACAAGGAAGAGGCAGACACCCUGCAGGGCCAGAUCUCGGACCUGGAGACCAAGGUGGACGCUCUGAAGACCUCCGAGCCCUCAUAGACCUCCUCCUGCCCUCCCCUCUCCUCUCCUCCCCCCCUCCUCCUCCUCCUCCUUCCAGACAGGAAGGACUCCACACCGGGGCCUGUCUUUGUCCAGACAAGAUGUUCAGAUGGGGAAAAACAAACAGAGAAGAGGGAAGGAGAGAGAGGGAGAGAGAGGGAAGGAGAGGGAGAGAGAGGGAGACUCACGGAGCGCCAGUUGGAGUGGGGGUCAGGGUGGGGGACGGGGGAGGGGGGCGGUGGCGGGUAGGGGGAUGGGGGGGUCAGUGGGGGCACCUGCAAGAAGAAAGAAACCACAAACCAACACCAGAAUUUUUUCAUUGUCUAGAAUUGGCUUAGAGCUUGGUGAGGUCAUCCGAGAGAUCCUCCAUCUUCCCCCUCCCCCUCCUACGGCUCCCAGUCUUCCUGUGGACCCCGGGGGCUUGCCUGGCUCCUACUUUCUCUACAGUGUUUCCUCGUAUUAUCCACAUCAAACAACUAACCAGGAGUAAUAUCAUAGCCCUCUCUACUGGCCAGACUGGUUUAUUGACGAACUGAAUUUGGGGAAAACUGGACAA